GGUUGCUGAUUUGGCUCCCUUUAGGCUGGGUAGAUGUCAAAGGCUGAACGCAUCUCCCUUUGCCACAUUAUAACUAGUAGGGGGAAUCCUGAGCAUCAAGCAUGGCUACUGCGGCGUCGAAUCCCUACAGCAUCCUCACUUCCAGCUCUUUGGUCCACGCAGAAUCGGCGGGGAUGCAGCAAGGAAGCCCAUUCCGGAACCCCCAGAAACUUCUCCAAAGUGACUACUUGCAAGGGGUCCCCAGCAAUGGGCACCCUCUGGGGCACCACUGGGUGACCAGCCUGAGCGACGCAGGGCCUUGGUCGUCCACCUUGACCGCCAGCCCUCUGGACCAGCCCGACGUGAAGCCAGGGCGGGAAGACUUGCAGCUGGGGGCCAUCAUCCACCACCGCUCGCCUCACGUUAGCCACCACUCGCCCCACCACACCAGCCACCCCAGCGCCUGGGGGGCCAGCCCGGCUCACAAUUCCUCGCUCACGUCGAGCGGGCAGCCUCCGCCUCCUCCCUUGAACGUCUACUCUCAAGCGGGCUUCACGGUCAGCGGGAUGUUGGACCACGGGGGUCUGACGCCCCCUCCGGCUUCGGUCACGCCGCAGGCCAUGCACCAGGUGCUGAGGGACACCCCGGACCACGGCGACCUGGGCUCGCACCACUGCCAGGACCACUCGGACGAGGAGACACCGACGUCGGACGAACUGGAGCAGUUCGCCAAGCAGUUCAAACAAAGGAGGAUCAAGCUGGGCUUCACGCAAGCGGACGUGGGUUUGGCGCUGGGCACUUUGUACGGGAACGUCUUCUCUCAGACGACCAUCUGCCGGUUCGAGGCUCUGCAGCUGAGCUUCAAGAACAUGUGCAAGCUUAAGCCUCUGCUGAACAAGUGGCUGGAGGAGGCCGACUCCUCGACGGGGAGCCCCACCAGCAUCGACAAGAUCGCGGCUCAGGGCAGGAAGCGGAAGAAGCGAACCUCCAUCGAGGUGAGUGUCAAAGGGGUCCUGGAAACGCAUUUCUUGAAGUGCCCCAAGCCGGCGGCCCAGGAGAUCUCGUCUUUGGCGGACAGCCUCCAGCUGGAGAAGGAGGUGGUGCGGGUUUGGUUUUGCAACAGACGGCAAAAGGAGAAGAGGAUGACGCCGCCAGGGGACCCGCCGCAGCCGCACGAGGUUUACUCUCACAGCGUGAAAACAGACGCCUCCUGCCACGAUCUUUGACUAUGAAGGACCCACUCGGGAACUGGGCAGCGGCGCGGAUCCUAUGGGUGUGACAUUCAUCCCCCACUCCUCCUUCUCCUCGCCCUCCUUUUUCUUGCGUUCUUCUUUUUCUUCUUCUUCUCCCGACCCUGCCCAAACCAGGAUUAUUAUUAUUAUUAUUAUUAUUAUUAUUAUUAUUAUUAUUAUUAUUAUUAUCGGUAACUUUACCUUCAUCAACCCUUCAGGACAACAUCAACCGGGCCACGACAUUAAGAAAAUGAAAAGAAUAGUUUAUAAUGCAUACCUCCUCCCCACCGUCAUUACCCCACUCCACCCCGCUGCUCAUUCCUGGCAGCACAUAUACUUAUUUAUAUGUCUAUACUUAUCUUUGUUUUUCUUCUGUUUCUCUAUCUAUCCAACCUUCCCCACCUCCUCGCCGAUUUUCUGUGGUAAACAUCAAGGCUUUAAAAAAAAAGAAAUCUCCGAUACGAAGACAACAGAACAAAUGCAUUGUCUCUCUCUUUCCAUAUAGAUAUAUACACAAAACGUGCCUAUGAAUAACCUUUCAGCGCCUUGGUCUGAUCCGAUGUAUUUCAGGUUUUGGGGUAUAUAUAUAUUUUGUUUUCGCUUUAGCUUGGCUGGACUUGGCUUUGCUCGUUCCUAAACCAGACUUUCUGUAUAGCGGCCUUUCGAAGGCCGGGGGUGUCACACUACAACCUGUAGGUAACAUUUGUGACCUAAAAUUGGAGGAACCCCAUUGAUCAGCUCCUCCUCCCCUCUCCCCCUGCAGGUCACUGAUUUUCUGUAAAGGGGGGGAGGAGGAGGCAGGGGGAAAUGUAUUCUAAUUUUCCCAGCCCCCAUUAGAGGAGGGUGGAAUCUGGAACCCCUCUUUUCUAAGCCCCAAAGGCAGAAACAAGAGAUGACUAGUCAGAAAAUCUGAUUUUCUCAACCCUUCUUUGUCCCGCCCUUUCAGAUAUAUUUAAAUAACUUUCAGAAUUAUAUAACGUCAACAUGGAAAUUCUCUAAAAGAAGACUCCUACUCGUCCCCUUCCAUAUCCCUCCCCAUCCAUCCCCGUGUCUGAUUUUGGCUUGUCUAAACAAAGAUCGAACAUGGAAACAUCACCAGAAUAACUUAUAUAUGUUUGAAAGGCCGGCCUUUCCCUGGUCUCUAGCUCUUCGACAAUGUUAUAUAUAUAUAUAUACACACACGACUGAAUCCAUCCUGGUCGGCCCCUGGAGCUACGGUUUGUAGUCAAACCCGUUUCCAGUCCAACGCUUAGCUUCGGAAUAAAUCGGUUUGCCCGCGUUUCUUAUCAAAAGUCAAAAGGAAAACAGCAAGGGUUGAAAUUAAUAAGGGGUAUGGGAGGUGGUAAGGUCGAGGUGGG